UCUCUCUCUCUCUCUCGCUGCCCCGUGUGAGAACCCAGCCGGUGGUGUCGCAGCGCCGAGAGUGACCCUGCUCCUUUGUUUUUGUACAUCUGAAGACGAAACAUCGCCAGAAACAUCACUCGUGCGGCGCGAAGAGCGGGAGACGGAGACGGUUCUCUGAGGGGCUCUCGGUCGACCCGGACGCUCAGUAACCGGGCUGCAGAGCGUCAUCUGGCCUGAGCUGACGGGACUGGUACAAAGUCAGAUGUCAUUUUGUCUGUGAAGAUGAAAACGGACAUCGCUUAUGAUCAGCUGGUGAACGUGGAGGGGAGGAAACAAGAUGACAAGAAAGCACCAAUGUAUCCCAGGUGUGUGUUGGCACUGGCGACAUUAGCUACUGUGCUGCUGGCUGCCAUGGCCGUCUAUAACCUCCUGUCACCAGGGGUUACCUCCUCCCACCCUGCCCCGAGCAGCAGCCUCCGGAAGGGCGAGUCCUGCUCCGACCCCUGCAAGAUUGUUGUGGUGGAGAGCAUCCCUGAAGGCCUGAAGUUUAACUCCACCCCUCCAACCGCUCACCCCUCCAUCUUCCAGGCCUGGCUCAGUCUGGUGGCCGAAGCUCGCAGCAGCGUCGACAUCGCCUCCUUCUACUGGACACUCACCAACAAAGACACUGGCACCUCUGAGCCAACGGCCUAUCAGGGGGAGACCAUCCUGAAGGAACUGGCUGAACUUUCAGGGAAGUUGUCCGUUCGUAUCGCAGUCAACACACCACAGCAGAGUCAACCUCAGGACGACCUCAGCCUGCUCAGCGACUCAGGAGCUGAUAUCAGGACAGUUAAUAUGAGAGAGCUCACCUCUGGCGUCCUUCACACCAAGUUCUGGGUUGUAGACAAAAAGCACAUUUUCAUUGGCAGUGCCAACAUGGACUGGAGGUCCCUCACACAGGUGAAGGAGCUUGGCGCGGUGGUCUACAACUGCAGCUGUUUGGCUGCAGACCUGGGUAAGAUCUUUGAAGCCUAUUGGUUCCUGGGGGAGAGUCAGUCGAUCCCGUCGCCGUGGCCAACCAACUUUUCCACCCUCUACAACAAGGACACGCCCCUGCAGGUGCCGCUCAACAACACGCCGGCCAGCGUUUAUCUGUCGAGUUCCCCUCCGUCCUUCUGUGCAGCCGGCAGGACUCAAGACCUUCAGUCCAUCCUCAGUGUGAUGGACGAUGCCCAGAGCUUCAUCUACAUCGCUGUCAUGAACUACCUGCCCACAAUGGAGUUUUCACAUCCGAAAAGGUACUGGGCAGACAUCGACACCCAGCUGAGGAGAGUGGCCUAUGAGAAGCGGGUCAAAGUGCGCCUGCUGAUCAGCUGCUGGGCCAGCACCCAGCCAGUCAUGUUUCCCUUCCUGAAGUCUCUGGCCUCCGUUUAUGAGCCCAAGAGCAAACUAGACAUCCAGGUGAGGCUGUUCGUGGUGCCCGCCAGCCCAAAGAAGAAGGAGAUUCCCUUCGCCAGAGUCAACCACAACAAGUACAUGGUGACGGACAAGAUAGCUUACAUAGGUACAUCUAACUGGUCAGGUGACUACUUUGAGCACACUGCUGGCUCGGCGCUGGUCGUCAACCAGACUGCAUCACAGUCCCUGGAGCCGACCGUCCAAUCCCAGCUGAAGGCUGUGUUUGAGAGGGACUGGAGCUCCGACUACAGCACUCCUCUCACACAACACUCAAACCUCAAAGGCCUGUGUUAGUUUCAACAGACAGUAUUACAAACGCCAUAGCUGCAACCACAUUCUCAUGCACUAUCUCAGUUGGACUAAUCAUCUGAAACAGUGAACAUGGGAACAUCAGCCACAGAAGAGCCCUCGGUGGAGCAUAUUUCCCCUGAAAUACUCAGGUCCGAAGGAAGAGAGUCAACUUUCAGUUGACUUGGAUUAUCACAGCUUCAGUGCCAAAUGCCAAUUUAAAGAAAAUUGUGCCCUCAAACCCGUUAACUGCUCAGUAACGUCAGUCUCAUUCAAGGGUAGUUGAAGGGUACCUGGGUGUUUUUUAAGGUGAAGAAUGCCUUUGCAUCUCUUUGCCGUUCCUUUCAAAUCUGACCCAGAAUUCAGACUACAUGUUUGUAAUGAGCCGAAUAAAAUGUUUGUUACUAUGCUGUAUCAUCAGAUCAGCACCAAACACAGGUGAGAAGGUUCUGCGAUGCUUAACCAGCGUUAUUCAGGUAAUGUUACCCUUCAAAAACGAACUUCAACAGACGUGUACGUUAAAUAUUCAAAUAAUAACGUAGAAUGUGUCAUGUGGUGCUGGUAGCACAAGGAGCCGCUGGUCCAUCUUUUCAUCCAGGUCAGUGUCAUACUCCCAUACUUAUGUAAAGUGAUCCACUCAUUGAUCACUUUCUCAUUUAAAAGAUCAAUCCCAAUGUUUGUCCUUCAUACAACUCCAGCCUCUGUGGGAGUUGUUUUUUAAUCACAGCUCAUCUCAGGGAGUAAAUAUUGCGCGCUUUUUCUUAAUGGAAUCAUUUGAGUUUGCUGGAAUGAUUGAAGCUCAAUGGUGUGCUGUGCCUGUACUGUAAAUAAUUUGGUUACUUAUUGAACUCUGUCAGCAGGACUGCUUUAAAAUUAAUGAAUUUAGCAGUACAUAAAUUGGACAUUUGCUGCAGCGAUGAACAAGUGUAAUUGCCACUGUGUGGAGUGAUUUUUAACUACUAAUUAAGGAAGAGAUGGUUGCUAUGGCAACUGUCCAAAGACAGACAAUUGUUUACAUGGUAACAACACAACUCUAGAGCAGUUAUCAAGUCCAUAUCUCCUUACAUAUAAAGAAAUGACUCAAUAAAUGUCUUUGAUUCUAUCAAA